AGAAAAUUUGGUGCCUUUUUUCCUUUUGUCACAGGAAAAGUCUUUGAAUUAAAACAAAUAAUCUUACACAUCCAACUCUAAAUCAAGGUGAUAAAAUAAUACACAAGUAAUGUUCGUCAUUGCGGUUCAUUUAACCCUCAACUAUAUAAGACAGAAGUGAUUUUUCUAUGUGACAAUGAUCCGACAAACUCGCCCAGCUUCCCCAUAGCAAGAAGCAAUUCAAAUCUCUUGUUUAUGCUGAAAUCAUUACUUUCGAAACGAGACGCAACCUCUGGGCCCAUGGAUAACGAGAAAAUGCACCACAUGAUAAUCCAUGAGCACUAGGGAUCAUUGGGACCACGAUUUUUUAGUCCCGAUCCCGUACUGGUCCCGAGACAUCUGGUCCCGGUCCCGUACUGGUCUCGGGACAUUUGGUCCCGGUCCCGGUCCCGGUCCCAGUUCCGGUCCCAUCGGGACUGGGACUGGUCCCGAUGAUCUCUAA